AUGCUACCGCCACUGCCCCGGCUAGGCGACUUCGAUGUCUCUCCGCAGAACGGCUUCUUGCCUUCGGACAUCCCUCUCGACGUCCUGCCUGAUCCGUACUACCAGCCUUGGGAGACUGUUGUGCGCAACUUCCAAGGCUUGAUCCUUACUAAGCGGUUACGGCGAACGGUCGAUGCUCUUCCCGUGCUGUCUACUGAUCUCCUCCUCACACAAGCCGAGUGGCAACGAGCCUACUCUAUCCUUGGCUUCUUUGCUCAUGCAUAUGUAUGGGGAGGCGACAGACCGGCCGAUGUCGUACCACCGUCCAUCUCGAUCCCCUUCUUGGAGACAUGCCGACACCUCGAAAUGCCAGCCGUAGCCACGUACGCCGGCGUUUGCCUAUGGAACUGGCGACCGCUCUUCAGCAACGAGCCAGCAGAUACUCUGGACAACCUGAUGACACAGAUGACUUUCACCGGCUCGCUGGACGAAUCGUGGUUCUACCUUGUGUCCGUCGCAAUCGAAGCACGUGCAGGACCUAUCAUCCCGAUGAUGAUCGAAGCCAUGGCAGCAGCGAGGCGAAACAACAGUGCCACAGUAACAGAGUGUCUGCGCACAUUCGCUGAGCGACUGGACGAAAUCGGCGUUUUGCUGGAGCGCAUGUACGAGACGUGCGACCCGCAUGUCUUCUUCCACCGAAUCCGGCCGUUCCUCGCUGGCAGCAAGAACAUGGCGGAUGCUGGCUUGCCGAAUGGAGUCAGAUUUGAUGACGGAACAGGCCAGCAGCCUUAUGUUCAGUUUGGCGGCGGCAGUAACGCACAGAGCUCUGUCAUUCAAUUCUUUGACAUCGUCCUCGGCGUCGAGCACCGUCCAACUGGCAAGAAGUCGACAGACCAGCCAGAGUCUGCUGGCGGUGCUGUUGGAGCGCCCGGCAACAACUUCAUCACGGAGAUGCGCAACUAUAUGCCUGGCCCCCAUCGCAGGUUCCUCGAGGCUGUCGAGCGUGUGGCAAACAUCCGAGAGUUUGUCGAGUCAAAGCGUAGCGAUCGCGCUCUCACCACGGCGUUCGACGCAUGCUUGGCUAUGCUGCGAACUCUUCGCGAUAAGCACAUCCAGCUCGUCUCGCGUUACAUCAUCAUCAAAUCCCGCGAGAACAAGAGCGCUGCGCCAAAGCAGGCCAUGAACCAGCCUCAGCCCGUCAAUCUUGCGAAUACUGUACAGCGGAGUGGCAGCAAGGCGCUCCGAGGCACUGGUGGUACUGCCCUCAUCCCUUUCUUGAAGCAGGCUCGCGACGAGACUGGUGAGCCUGCCAUCGAUGCUUGGGCACGUCGGCUGCUUGGCAACGGUCCAGGAGAUACAGGCGUUGCAAGGCUCGGCAAAGUCACGGAGGGUUUCGACGGUGCUGUUGAAGUCGUCGGCCUCGCAGGGACUUGGAGUGUCGACGACAGCGAAGGUGGUAUCUGUCACUGGUAA